UCGGAUCGCUCCGGCAGUUCGGAUCGUGACGCGUGCACGGAGAGCGGACACGUCGCGCGGAGACUUGGAAGCUUUUUUCCGCGUGGACGGACUGCCCCGGCGCGCUUUGCGUUCACUCGCAAAGUUUGGAUUCAAAGUUUGGACUGGACUUUUGAUUUUGUUUCUCCUCGAUUGCGUCGCGAAGGAGUUCCAAGCCCGGGAAUUACCAUGUUGCCUCAUCUCUUGCUCCUCUUCCUCUCCUCCAGUCUGGUUUCAGCCUUCGAGUGCCCCGUAGAUUGUACUUGUCACAGCGCGGGUUCAAUAUUCUGCAUCAAUCGACGGUCCAACACUGUGCCCCGGGUCCCAGCCAGCACUGUGAAUCUUUACAUCUUCCAAAACGGCAUCAACGCUUUGACCCAAAACGACUUCACAGGUCUAGGGGACUUGGAUCUGCUAGAUCUUAGCCAGAAUAAGUUGGAAGAGGUUCCAGAGGGUGUAUUCAAGGUGCUGUCAAAGCUGAAGAACUUGGAUUUGUCCUCUAACCUCAUUACUCACAUUUCCAAAGACAGCUUUUCUGGCCUGGUGCAGCUUGAGAGACUAUACCUCCACCAAAAUUUCAUCCAGAGCAUCAAUCGAGAAGCUUUUGAAGGCUUAGGAAAGCUCCUGGAACUCAAGCUCCAAGGGAACAAACUCACCUCUUUGCCCGCCCUCAAUUUACCCAGGCUUCUGCUUCUAGACCUGAGUUACAACAGCAUUCCAAGCCUGGAUGUCUCAGACCUUCAGACACCCCAUUUAGAAGCCCUCAAAAUGGCUUCGCUUGGGCUUAUCUCUCUGGAUGAAGACCUUGUAGCCUCCCUGAGGAACCUCCACGAGCUAGACAUUUCCAUGAACCAAUUAGCAGAGGUUCCUCAGGCCCUAAAAAUGGACUCCUUAAAAGGCUUGAUCAAGCUCAACCUGGCUGCCAAUCCAUUGGGUGAGCUCAGGACAGAGGAUUUUCAGAAACUCACUGGGCUCCAGGAAUUAGAUCUCAGUGGCCUCAAUCUUCAGGGAUUUCCCCAAGACUUUUUCCAGUCUUUCCCCAGACUGGUAGAUCUGGCAGCAGCUGAGAAUCCCUUCAAUUGUUUAUGUCCCCUUGCUUGGUUUGUAGUCUGGCUUAAAGAGAAGAAUAUAAAUCUAGGAAGGCUUGAGGAGACCAGGUGUCACUUUCCUCUAGCUAAUGCUGGGAAGAAGCUUUCAGUACUGGACCACACAGAUUUUGGAUGUCCACCGACCACAACUUUGCUGAUGAAGACCAUCGCGGGAAGUACUCCAGCACCGCAGAGUCCAACCGUGUCUCAAGAAACAACCUAUACCAAUGGAAUUCCUCCUCCUCCUCCUCCUCCACCUCCCCCGCCACCAAGCGAACAAAGCAUAGACUCAAACACAGACCUGCUUCCAUCAGAAUCUCCUGCCUCCCCGAGCUCCACCAGUGGGGAAUAUGACCAGCACAUCUGUCCACCGAACAUCUGUCUAAAUGGUGGCACUUGUAACUUUGACCCAAUGGGCCAACUGGGUUGCCUGUGUCCUUCAGGAACAUCUGGACUCUAUUGCGAAAAUCUUUAUGACCUACCUCAUCGACCCAAAAUUUUGGAAACAGAAGUGUCUGUCGAGGCUUCCACGGUUCUUCCGGAACUUGAUGCCAUCAGCUCCCGCCAGGUGACCUCCACCUCUAUUCUUCUUGAUCUGCACCUCUUCAUCAAGACACGGCCAAACAUCCGUGGCAUCAGGCUGACUUAUCGCAAUCUCUCGGGACCCGACCGCCGCCCCAUAAUUUUGAGCGUACCGGCAUCCUACCCUGAGUACACGCUGCGUGGACUCAUACCCAACUGUACCUACUCAGUCUGUGCGAGUCCCCUUGGGGAGAAAGUGACCACAAGGGCCAACAGCUCACUCGAGACGGGGUCAUGCACGGAAGCUCGGACUGCAGGGGUUCCACUCACGUCCUUAGAACCCCGAGUGGAGACACAGAGCCCACUCAUAUACACUCUCAUUCCUGCUAUAGCUGCUGUGGCACUGGUGCUGGUUUUGGCAUCGGUGGCUGGUCUGGUCAUCUGUCUGAGAAAAAGAAGGCAGAGGAAGGCAGGAAUGGAGCUGGAGCUGGGUCCUGCCGAUCCCGAUGACUCCUUGGAAGUGGAGGGCAUCAAGGCAUGUCCGGAAAACGGGGGAAAGGGUCCACUACCCCACAAACAGACUGAGCUCGACCGUUGUCACGCUCCAAAGCCACCCACGUCCUUUCAACAAAAUGGCAAUUUGGACUAUGAGGUACCACUGAUGCAAGGACACUCCCCCUCAAAUAAUAAUCGAUCAUCCCUUAAGCCGUCAUAUUUCUGAGACGCAGUCAUAUAUGUGUAGUGACUAAGCAUUGUAAGGUUUCAUUCCGAUUUGAAUCCGGCGCCUUUGCUUUGUAAUAUGACAUUACGACUGACUGGAUUGCCCGUUCAGAGAAAGACGAGUAGCAGUCACAUUUUUGGCCUAUUGGAAAGGAGCAAAAACCAGUACGGGACAAUGAACAGGCCGUGGUUUGAAAUGGGUUUGUUGGAGGGGAAAAAAAAAAAAAAACUAACCAAGUGAUUAAACAAAGUGCAAUUGACAAGAAAAGACCUUGGAGCAGGAAAAAAAAAGUCCCAUUAUUUUUUAACGUGGACACAACUAUUGACAACACUUUAUUUGAAAACAGUUUCUCGUUCGAAGAAACUGUGAAUGAGUUGUAAAAUCUGUUGCUGGACUUGGGCGUGAAACUGGAGGAAAUCGGAGCCACACGCGAUCUAAAACGUGAAGAUUUGAACUUUAAGACCCUUCGGCCCAGUCGCAUUCGAACCGGAAGUGAAAGGAGCUUCGCUGUCACCCUCCGGGUCGGGUCAAGCUCCAAAUAGUCUCGAGCGGACCCACUGCCACUUGCCAAAAUAAACUUCCAACCUGACCAAGCUGGAUUGGACUCUUUCAACGCGACCCGUCUGUAAUUCUCUCCGCACAUCCAAACGCUUUUCGCUCCGCGGGAGCCAAAUUGGCCGCGUAAGACGAAUGGACUGAAUGAAGAGACGUUGAGUCUGGCCACAUUGUCGUGCCGUGACAGGAAGGCUGUCUUGUCUGACUGUUCUUAGGACAAUUGUUGGUGUUUUUAUAUUGUUUUUUUUUUUUUUUGCCAGAUGUCAAUUCAGUAUUGCUGUCUUUGUGAUUGAAAUGUUCAUUGUUUUUACAUUGAGGGGGGAAAAAUGCCUACAGGUUACUGAUUGUAGUUAUGUUAACGUUACUAAAGAAUAUCGGACUCGGGUAGUCAACAAACUUUGUACAGAACGACGUUAAUCUUUUUGGGUAUCUGUCGUCGUCCAGAUGGAAGUGCUAAUGGCCAUUCGAGUGCCAGAAUCUGGCCGAUAAUGGUUCAAAAUGACCUCCAAUAGCCUCGCCCAAGCAGUUUCAGCGAAGAUAAACAAAUUGUGCAAAGUACUACCAUCCAAGAAACCUGUUCCAUUCUCAAAGAUAAGUCUUGUAAUAUGUACAUCAAAACAGAAGUUUACAAAAAAUGAAAUAGUUUUGAUUCGGCUGACACCGCAAGAUAUGUUAUGCUGUCAUUCCGAGGACACGGGCCAAAAACUUACGUUGAAAGACUCGUAUAAUACAAUUCAACUAUUUUACCUAGAUGAUCAUCAUGAUCUUGUUUUUUUUUUUUUUUAAAAAACAUCCUCAUCUUCAUGUGCGAUGAGCGAAAUCUUAAGCAGCUAAAAUGUAAAUCUUUUACAGCAGUGUGCCUUUGAUUCACGAGGCAUGCACAUGUGUUUUAAAACAAUGCCCAUAAAACAAAAUGUUAGAUUUUGGCUACAGAUGAAGGUACAUGAUAAUUAAACAGCUUUUUUUUUUUAAACUGCAAUAUAAUGUGAAUCCAUCCAUCACCCCCCCCCUCCCAAAACUGUCACACACAUUUAUAUGUACCAUCUGCCCAGCCAAUUAACACAUCAACUGGAAUAAAGUUAUGCUGCUUUCGACUACGAAAGGGACCAGCAGGUCGCAAAAGCAUCAUCAUGCUGUGUAUUGUUUGUCAUAAGUGUUUGUGUUUGUGCCAGCAACAAGGACAGUAUUAAAAAAAAUCUAUAUACA